AUGAGCGAUAUCUUUGAAGUAAAAUAUCUAAAUUCCUCUACUGAUCCAGUGUUAAUGACACAUACAUUCAUAGGCUUCGUUUUUAUUCCAGUUUAUGUCUCAGUUAAAGUCACAUUUGAUUAUUUCACAGCAAUAUCGUUCAGAUACAACGGGUUGUCUCUGGCCUAUCUCAUCUUUCUACUGCUUAUUCCACUAUUCCCAAAGCCUACAGCUGUCACAAUGAAAGGCUAUGGUUGGGAGGAUGUGCUUGGUCAUUUUGGAAUUCUAAGGCUCAGCAAAGUUGAUGCUGGAAAUGUCAUCCGCCUGCUGGUUCCUGACAUUGGAAUGUUUUUCACUGGCUUCAUGGUUAUAAGGCUUUGUAAAAAACAGGUGAAACCUCUUAUUCCCAAAAUGCGGCUUCAUUCUGAAGACCAGGAGCAGGAUGAGGAGGAGCAGGAUGAGGAGGAGGAGGAGGUGGUGGACUAUGAAACGGAAGAAAGAGACAGUGAUGAGGAAGAGACCAACUGUUUAUCUGAAGAGGAUUUGGGAAAAGAGGCAGGUGACCGAAAACCAGGUUUCAUUCAGAAAGUCACUACGUUCCUAGCAGGCUUGAAAAUCAUAUUUGAAGCCAUCCUGACAAGUGCUGGAAAGGUGGUAGCAACUCUUCUAUUAGGCUUAACAGGUAUAAUUUUGCCUUCUGUGACUUCUGCAGUCUACUUUUUCACCUUUCUCGGCUUGUGCUCCUGGUGGGCUUGUCAUCGUCCCAUUACUGUGGUCACCUUCAGCAGUUUGUGUGUGAUGAUGGCUAUAUUCAGUGCAGGUCACCUUGCUGCCCUUUACCUGUACCAGUUGCCAUAUUUUCAGGACCUGGUUCCUCCUGAUGACAUUUAUGCCAGGCUCCUGGGGAUGGUGGCGCUUAUCAAGACAAACAGCACAGAAAUCUGGAAGCUGCAGAUUCAUUCUGGAUUAAGCUGGCCUGUGUUUUUAAAUCCUCUUUUGCUGUUUGUAUUGUAUUAUUCACUGGUCAUGUUGCUACAGCAGUGGGCUCUGAGUCCUAAGGAAUGUGAAGAGGGCAUCCAGUCACCACCAGAAGAGCAGAGUAAGUUGGAUGUGGACACCAUGCUCUGGAUGGCAAAGAAUGAGAAGAAAAAGGUUUGGAGCAUCACCCACAACAGCUGGCUGACUUUUGUUCUGCUGAUUUGGUCUUGUAUCAUUUGGAUGGUUCGUGACCGGCGUCGUUAUGCCAUGCGUAGCUCUCCUUUCCUUGCCAUCUAUGGGAAUAUCCUGGUGAUCCUCAAUUUCUUUGUAGGGUUCAAUAUUUCACAAGAAGAACUGUUUCCUGAAAUUCCAACCUCCGUGCUCAUUGACUUUGAUUUAAAACCAUAUUCUUUCCCAUGUGUGCAUCUUGGUGUUAAGAUCUUUUAUGCAUUCAUGUUCUGGCUAUUGCUAAGGCAGCAUAUGAUCAAAAGACAUAUGGAGGAGAAGGAAGAAACUCUCACAGAAGUGACAGUGGAUGCGAAUGAAAGGGAAAUCCCGCACAAUCCUCUGCUGGAAAUAUUUGGCUCUCUGAUUAAAGGAAUGCUGGUUAAAUACUGGAUCUAUUUCUGCGCUGCCAUGUUUUUCAUUGUCAGUUUCAAUGGCAAAGUAGUGGUCUACAAAAUUCUGUACAUUAUGCUCUUUCUGUUCUGUGUAGCUUUAUAUCAGGUUCACUAUGAGUGGUGGAGACGAAUUCUGAAGUAUUUUUGGCUCACUGUUGUCUCUUAUUCAAUGGUGGUCCUCAUUGUUGUGUACGCCUACCAAUUCAAAACCAUUUCUGGGUUCUUGCUCCUGACUUUGGGACUGUCAGAGGAGGGGUUAAAAGACCUGGGUCUUGAACAGUAUGACACGGUAGAACUGUUUGCUAAGAUUCUGCUUCCUUCCACUUUUCUCCUGGCCUGCAUCCUUCAGCUUCAUUACUUUAGUGAGGAUUUUCUGAAGAUCACUGACCUGAGUAACAUUCCCAUCAAGCAUGAAUAUACUUUUGGCAGUAAAAAGAAAACUGAAACUCAGGUGUAUCUCUUGGCUGACAUGCUUAAAGAAAGUAUUUGGAAACUGCAAAACAGGCUGGCAGCCAAUGAACUGCAUGGUGAAAAUCAAACCACCUUGGACAAGAUAGAGAAGACAACAAUGGAUGAACCCCUGGGAGAGGCUCAGCAGGAGAAAUCAGAUGUGGAGUAUGAAGAUAUAGCUGACAAAUCAUUUGACCAAGCAGUAAAAAUAUAUAUCUGUUAUUCCGUGUUGUGUUGCAAAUACCACAAGCUGAAUGCCUCAACCCACAAACACACCAGCAAAGAGGGACUGUACCAGAACAGAACCUACUAUCAUGACAGCCUGGACGAGCUGUUGCAGAAAUCAGCGUUGUACGUUGCUCCUGUUGAUCCUGCCGAUUGGUGUGGAGGGUUACGGAAGUGCGGUGACAAUGUUUUACCCUGCCUGAAGAACCAUCUCACCAUCUUGGCAUUAAUGGUAUUAGAAGUGACUGUGCAUCACCACCAGCUGUUCUACCGGACUCAAAACCAGCUGACACCACCCGUUACGGGGAUCAUUUUUGAUACCAUCACCCGAGAGCACCUGGAUGAUGGGUUACUCAGCUGCAUCAAAUACUUUAUCAACUAUAGUUUCUACAAGUUUGGACUAGAGAUGUGUCUCAUCGUGGUUGUGAAUGUCAUUAAGCAGCGUAUGGAUUUUUAUGCCCUUCUCCACGGCUGCUGGCUUGUCUACCUGCUGCACCGCCGCCGAAGGAAAGCAGUGGCUGAGGUCUGGCCGAGAUACUGUUCUUUCCUUGCCAGUGUCAUGACCCUUCAGUAUUUGCUGUGCAUUGGCCUCCCUCCGACUUUCUGCAAAGAUUAUCCAUGGAGAACCUCUCGCUGGACAAUCCAUUCCAAUCUGAUUAAGUGGCUCUAUCUGCCUGAUUUUGCCAAGAGACCUGAUGCCAGUUUUCUCCUGUAUGACUUCCUGCUUCUGCUUUUUGCCUCCCUGCAAUGGCAGGUAUUCGAAGAUGAGAAUAAGGCUUGUGUGCGAAUAAAGGCAGGAGAUAAUGUGGAGAUCAGCCGUGAAUUAGACCCAGCUGCUCUCAGCCAGUACAGCCCUGUGCCAAACUUUAUCCACUGCAGGUCCUAUUUGGAUAUGGCUAAAGUGGUUGUGUUCGGCUAUCACUUCUGGUUUGUGCUCUGCCUGAUUUUUAUCACUGGGACAACUCGAAUCAACAUAUUCUGUCUGGGCUACCUGACAGCCUGUUUCUACUUUAUGCUCUUUGGAAGCGGUCUCCUUCUAAAGCCGGUCAAGAAUGUUCUCAGAUUGUGGGACUAUUUGACGGCGUACACUGCCUUAGUUAUAGUGAUGAAGAAUCUUCUGGCUAUUGGAGCGUGUGCCUAUCUUGAUAAGUUACUGAGAAACCAUUGCUGGCUAAUACAGACCUUUGGCAUGUUCUGUACUAUACCGGGGUAUGACUUGGGUAAAGAUCUGGGGAAAUGCGAGCUGCCUGAAAAUGAAGCAGGGGUUGUUUGGGACGCGAUAAGUUUCACUUUCUUGCUGGUCCAACGGAGAGUCUUUGUGAGCUACUACUUCCUCUACGUAGUGGCAGAUCUGAAGGCUGCCAAGAUCUUAGCUUCCAGAGGAGCUGAACUGUUUGAAGUGAAGCUGAAAAAAGUUGUGGCGCUCAGAUUGGAGGAAGAGAAAAAAUCAUUACAAGCCAUGAGGAGACAAAUGGAACUAAUCAAAUUGAAGCAGAAGAAACUUGACGAUUUGAAGCAAAUGACACCAAGCCCAGAAGAAACAGCUGUGGAUCAAUCCGCCAAAGAGCAGCAGCUGCUAGAUCUAGAGGAGGGCGGCAACAAGGAAAACAAGGACAAGAAGAUAUGGUGGCAACCCUGGGUGACCCACACCUCCAUGAUUCGAGCUGGGAGCUACUACCUCUUUGAGACAGACAGUGAGGAAGAAGAGGAACAAGGGCAGACAGAAAAGAGGGAGGAAGAAUCACCAAAGAAGAAAACAGCAUUCCAGCUUGCAUAUGAAGCCUGGAUGUCCAGCUCUAAAUCAGCUCUAAGAACAAGAAAACAAGAUGAAGCCAGAGAGCAGAGGAAGAAAGAGGAGGAGGAGCAACUGCGACUGGCAGGAGAGGUGAAGUUGGAAUUCCAUGAAGAGAAAGGGGAGAUAUCAGUCACUGACGAGAACCUAGAUGAGCCAGAAAGUAUAAUUGAAAGAAUAAUCAGUACAGUCAAGUUUACUUGGGUCUUUGUUCAGGCAUUGCUAGAUGAUACUACAGAGGCACUGAACUCUCUAUGUAAAAAUAACCUGGACAUAGCAAAUGUGCUGAGAAUUGAAAGGUGCAUGCUAUGGCGAGAAAUUAAUAAGGGAAAAGAGGCCUCGCCAGACACGAUUCUCCAAUAUUACAACAUGAAGAAGACUCAGCAAGUGCAAGCAAAUCCUUAUGGAGGAAAUAAAAUGAAAGGCACAUGGGAGGAUCAGCGUGAAGACACAUUAGAGUGCCAGCAGAUACCCAGGGGGGGAACCCAGCUACCUCAUGAGAGCAGUGCAUCCAGGACACCUGAUGAAGUUGCUGAGGAAAUUAAUGGAGAUGAGGCAGGACAGAAGGUGGAAGAUGAAGACAGCGUCAAAGAAGCUGCCCCAGAAAUGACCACUCCUCUUCCUUCCUGUGAAACAAAAGAUUAUGCUGUUUCCCCAUCAGCUGAGAGGAGCAAAGAAGCAGGCAGGCCAUUAAAUGAAGUUCCUGUUAUCAUGACUGCCAGUGAGCUGCUUCUGAACAGGAUGUUUCAUGACAAUGAACUGGAGCAGUCAGACAAGUUUUAUCAGAGUCUGCCUCGAUCCCUGAAGUUGGGCUUUGCUUUGUACAAUGCGAUGGUGUCCAAGUCAGAAAUGCUCUGUUAUUUUGUCAUCAUUCUCAACCACAUGGUCUCUGCUUCUGUCCUCACUUUGGUUCUGCCCAUCCUUAUAUUCCUGUGGGCCAUGUUAUCCAUUCCAAGGCCUACUAAAUUCUUCUGGAUGAUGGCUAUCGUUUAUACAGAGGUAACAGUAGUAGUCAAAUAUUUUGCUCAGUUUGGAUUCUUUCCCUGGACCACUAAGUUAUACUGCGGCAUCAAUGCAGAAGAGCCAUUUGUUCUGCCAAACAUUGUUGGGAUUGAGAAGAAGGAUGGCUAUGUGCAUUUUGAUCUUGUGCAGCUGCUGGCUUUGUUCUUUCACAGGUCUAUCUUGAAGCACCAUGGACUCUGGGAUUCCAACGGUGUCAAUGUGUCUGAUUCCAAGAAAAGGAGAUUUUCUAGGAGUCAAAAGAACCAGGAGUCCAGAGGUGGCCUGCAGGAAGAGGAGCCUGGAUUGGGGGCAUGGCACCUUUUCAGACAUCACAAUCCCUCAGGGAGUGUCUUCAGAGGAAGGAAGACAGCCUCCAUUAACAGAGGCAAGACUCAGAAGAAUGAAGCCAGGAAGAAAUGGAGGCUUUUUAGAAAGAGUCCCAUCAGCAAGAAGAAACUUCUUAAGGAAAAGAUGAAACAACUGAUAUUGAAAGCAAAGAAGCUGGUGAUUAAAAUUGUCCUUCAAAUCUAUCGACCUAUCAGGCAGUUCUUCUACGACAUUAUUCAUCCGGAGUACAGCCCCGUCUGUGAUGUCUAUGCACUGAUGUUCCUGGUUGACGUGAUCAAUUUUAUAAUUGUUAUCUUUGGAUACUGGGCUUUUGGCAAACACUCAGCAGCUGCUGACAUAACUGAAUCCCUGUCGGAAGACCAGGUCCCUGAAGCCUUCCUGGUGAUGCUUCUGAUUCAGUUUGGCACCAUGAUAGUGGACCGGGCCAUUUACUUGAGGAAGACUAUGUUUGGGAAGUGUGUAUUCCAGGUUGUCCUUGUCUUUGGCAUUCACUUCUGGAUGUUCUUCAUCUUGCCAGGUGUUACCGAAAGGAGAUUUAACAGAAAUCAUGUGGCUCAGCUUUGGUACUUGGUCAAAUGUGUUUAUUUUGGCCUGUCCGCGUAUCAGAUCAAAUGUGGUUAUCCGAAUCGGGUCCUAGGCAACUUUCUGACAAAGAGUUACAAUUUCGUAAACCUUUUCCUAUUCCAAGGGUUUCGUAUGGUGCCUUUCCUUACUGAGCUGAGAGCUGUCAUGGACUGGGUUUGGACGGACACCACACUGAGUCUUUCCAGCUGGAUCUGUGUGGAGGAUUUAUAUGCAAAUGUUUUCAUUAUGAAAUGCCUGAGAGAGUCUGAGAAAAAAUAUCCUCAGCCUUCUGGCCAGAAGAAGAAAAUGAUCGUGAAGUAUGGAAUAGGGGGCUGCAUUGUCUUUAUAUUGGUCUGCAUCGUGUGGUUCCCACUGCUUCUUAUGUCACUGGUUAAAUCUGUGGCAGGAGUAACCAAUCAGCCCCUGGAUGUCUCAGUCCAAAUUACCAUUAGCGGUUACGAGUCAUUAUUCACCAUGAGUGCUCAGCAGAGGAAUCUGAUCCCUUUCUCUCCAGCAGCUUAUAACGAGCUGGCUAAUCAAUAUGCCCUUCACCCGUCUGCCAUGCAGUUUAUAGUGAACUACGGCCCAGAGGACAUCGUCACUGCUAAAAUAAAGAGCAAUGCCAGCUUGCUGUGGAGCAUCAGUCCUGCCAGCCGAGAGGCCAUGAUGGACGAGCUCUCCAGCUCCGCUGCUGUCUACAUCGACUUUCACUGGACCAUUCUCAGGAAUGCUUCUCUGGUGAAGAAUGUGGAAGCAUCUGGCAAGCACACCGUGCGGUACAAAGAGAAGGAGAUAAGAGAACAAAUUGUUCAAAUGCUAAAUGGGACCAGGAAAGAGCCAAUACUGCUUCCCAGCGUGGUACCAAGAUACCUCAGGGCUACUGCUGGAGCAGAAGCUAAAACUGCACAUCGCUUGCAAGUUGCUCAUUCUCAUAAACCACAAGAUGUAGACAAAAUGGCUUUCUUCCGAAACAUAACCAUAAAACUACAGCAGCUGGCCAUCAACUCGUCUUCCAGCCAAGUUACUGAGUGGUGGGUUAUUCAAGAGUGGAAUCCUACCUGCUCUGGUAAUGCUUGCAGCAAAAAUAUGGAGCUUAUCAUCUACAAUGACAAAGUCAGCCCUUCCAGUCUGGGAUUCCUGGCAGGCUACGGCAUCGUUGGCCUCUAUAUGUCUGUUGUCCUCGUCAUUGGGAAGUUUAUCCGAGAGUUCUUCAAUGGCAUCUCCCGUUCAAUAAUGUUUGAAGAGCUGCCCAACGUGGACCGCAUCCUGAAACUCUGCACAGACAUCUUCCUGGUGAGGGAGAUUGGGGAGCUGGAGCUGGAGGAACAACUGUUUGCCAAACUCAUCUUUUUGUACAGAUCUCCUGAAACUAUGAUCAAGUGGACUAGAGAGUCAAAGGAACAAUGACAAGACAAAUAUUUGUUUAGUGAAGAUCAGGCUUAGGAAGCAAGCUAUUGUUAUGGGCUGCUUCAGAAGCAAAUAUAACAUUCAGGAACGGGAGAUGCUGUGAGCAUCUCCUCUCCAUUGGCGUAUUUCCACCUUAAGCUUUUCCAAAAGUUCCUCACCAAAACGUAUCAUGUUUAGGCAGCAAGCGUACUUUUCAGGCCAGUGACUUCCCUUUGCUCAACCAGAAAAGACCUAGUAUUGAUCCCCUACAGACUGCAUCCCACAAUCAUGGGUGCAGAGAGCUCGGCCCAAGUCCACCUGAUUUUAUCUGCAAAGCAGCUAAAAACUUCCUCACAGAAAUUUCUAAUCAGCCUCUGAGCAACUGCAGCUUGGGCUAACCAAGCUGAGCACCACUAAUGGCUGAAGAUAAAUUAUAUGGAGGAAAUUUUAAUCGGGCUAAUUUACAAGAGUCUAGGUUCAAAUGCAAGAUUUAAAAAAAAAAAACACUUAAAGGGGUACUAGGACAUGGGUGAUGAGGCUUCCAGUGC